CUUCCCACGAAGCCAAAGCAAUUUCCACCGCGUAUAUUCAAACUUUUCUUUUUUCAUUCCAGUUGUAAAUUAUAACUGCUGAAUACAACUCACUAGUUCGACACAUUAAUAAACAAGGCAGAAAUCAAAUAUUAAGGAAUAAGUGUUGUGGAAUUGAAGAAAACAAACUUUGGCAAGAGGUAUGUUUUUGUCACUCAAUUGUUUUUUUGUGUAAUCAAGAAAUUGGCCGAUUAUAACAACAUGGAUACACGUGUAUUAUAUAUUUACGUUCUCAGUUGCUUUAUUUAUACUGGAUAAAAAAUAUUUCUACUGGAUAACUCUAUCAGUUCUAAACUGUUCUCCCUAGAAGUCCAAUAAGAAUCAUCUCUUAUUGAUCCAGUGUUACUACAGGAGGAAACCUAAACUAAACUAACUCAGUUAUUUAUACUGGAUAACUCUAUCAGUUCUAAACUGUUCUUCCUAGAGGUCCAAUAAGGAUCAUCUCUUACUGAUCCAUGCAGUGUUACUACAGGAGGAAACCUAAACUAAACUAACUUUAUUUAUACUGGAUAGUUCUAUCAGUUCUAAACUGUUCUUCCUAGAGGUCCAGUAAGGAUCAUCUCUUAUUGAUCCAGUGUUACUACAGAGGAAACCAAAACUAAACCAACUUUAUUUAUACUGGAUAGCUCUAUCAGUUCUAAACAGGUCGGAUCGGACUAUAGGACCCUUUCAGUCUAAGUUCAAUCACGUCAACUGAAUUGUUUAAAUUCUCGGUGCGGAGAUAUAACCGCAUAAAUGAUUUUUCAGUUGUUAACUGUGGGACCCCUGGGUUCACUAUUGAAAGUUAAUGUAGGCAUCAUAAUGUGAAACCGUUAACACUAGGGCUAGAAUCCCGGCUAGAAUGUCGAGAAUGGAUUAUAGUCGCUUCAUGCAGCUUCAAUCAAUGCUGGUUUACUCUGCAAGACACCUACGUUUUCUUCGGGUACUCUGUCACCCUGUGGUGAUUUUGGAACAAAUAUGAGAUAAUUCUUGGAGUUUAAUUAAGUCUGAUAGGAAGAACAGUUUAGAACUGAUAGAGCUAUUCAGUAUAAAUAAAGUUAAUUUAGUUUAGGUUUCCUCCUGUAGUAACACUGGAUCAAUAAGAGAUGAUCCUUACUGGACCUCUAGGAAGAACAGUUUAGAACUGAUAGAGCUAUCCAGUAUAAAUAAAGUUAGUUUAGUUUAGGUUUCCUCCUGUAGUAACACUGGAUGAAUAAGAGAUGAUACUUACUGGACCUCUAGGAAGAACAGUUUAGGACUGAUAGAGCCAUCCAGUAUAAAUAAAGUUAGUUUAGUUUAGGUUUCCUCCUGUAGCAACACUGGAUCAAUAAGAGAUGAUCCUUACUGGAUCUCUAGGAAGAACAGUUUAGAACUGAUAGAGCUAUCCAGUAUAAAUAAAGUUAGUUUAGUUUAGGUUUCCUCCUGUAGCAACACUGGAUCAAUAAGAGAUGAUCCUUACUGGACCUCUAGGAAGAACAGUUUAGAACUGAUAGAGCCAUCCAGUAUAAAUAAAGUUAGUUUAGUUUAGGUUUCCUCCUGUAGCAACACUGGAUCAAUAAGAGAUGAUCCUUACUGGACCUCUAGGAAGAACAGUUUAGGACUGAUAGAGCCAUCCAGUAUAAAUAAAGUUAGUUUAGUUUAGGUUUCCUCCUGUAGCAACACUGGAUCAAUAAGAGAUGAUCCUUACUGGACCUCUAGGAAGAACAGUUUAGGACUGAUAGAGCCAUCCAGUAUAAAUAAAGUUAGUUUAGUUUAGGUUUCCUCCUGUAGUAACACUGGAUCAAUAAGAGAUGAUCCUUAUAUAUACUGGACCUCUAAGAUGCAGCUGGACCUCCUAGUUGCAAUCUUUUCUAAAAAGGUAAAUUCUGGAAAAAAUUUAAAUAUUUCAAGUAAUUUACCUCCAGAUUGCAGAUAAGCUGUUUGAAAGCGUUUUAAAAGAUAUGAACUAUUGAACCUUAAAUAAAUUACUCGUAUUCUUAAAUAAUUCUAAUUUUAUUCUGUGUAUCAGUAUUGCUGGCUCUCUUUCAAUAAAAUUUGUUUGUUUGUAGAGGUAUUGGCUGUAAUUUUAUUGUAAAAAAUCGAUAAAAUUAAACCUUGCACGUUGGAACGAAGUCACGAAAUAUAUUUAUUGGAUUGUAAUUGAUGCUUCUCAUGACCAAAAUGAAAGAUAAUCGCGCCCAGACUAAUUAGUCGCCAUUUUGCCGUAAUUUUGCAAGCGCUUAUAACUAGGUCCUUUUAGUCUGAAUGCCUUAAGUUUGAACGCCUAAUUACUGGAGAUUUGCCCGUGGAAUUAUGUACGGGAUAAAAUCAUGAAUACUUUGAAAAAUAUUCCCAGCUUUUGGUAAACUGCAGGAAUUUGUGGAAUUUGCAAAAUGAAUGAAACAAAAUUUGGGUCGAUGGUAUAGUCAUGGUAGAGUUCAAUUAUUUUUUGUUUUCAAGUGGUUUUAAGCCCACUACCACAAAGAGAGAGAAAUUCUAUCACCAUCAUUCCUACCAAAUGAAAAACGAAAAAAAACCCUGCAAAUAUAUAUCUGGAAUUUUUCUCUAUAAAAAAGUAUUUGGUGCAUCGUAACAAUAAUUUGCCUGUAUAAAGCCUGCUUUAUAUACUGUCAAAAUUUCCAGCAGGAAUUUUGCACAGGUAAAUUCUUAGUAAGUUUUGAACGAGAUUUGUAAGAAAUGUUUUAGCGAACUCACUCGGCGUUUAACACCAAGUCAAGACAUUUCUAAGAAAUCCUUAAUCAAUUUACCAAUACAAAAUUUUUACUGCAUACCAUGAUUAUUAAUUAGCUUAAGUUUUUGGUUUACGAAACACAAACAGUGCUCAAUACCAUAUAGAUAGAGCGUAAUAUAGUUUUUCGUUUUACCUCAAAAAACCACAACAGAUUGUUUCGCUUAUAAGGCUAAGCACUGUUUCGCCUAAACAUUAAUUGUUUCGCCCGAGCAUUGUUUCGCCUAUAUAUGCAUUCCGCGCAUUCUUUCGAUAUAGCAUAAAAGCAACCUAUAUUUUCGAAAUUACUCACCGCCUGACGAUUCCUGUACGGAUGAAACGGACUGUUGUGGUUUUUUGAGGUAAAACGAAAAACUAUAUAAAACAAUUAUAUAAAAUAAAAAUUAAAAACAUACUCUAACUUGCUUCAAUUUGCCUAACACAUACUUUUGCCCCAAGCUGUUGAUCUCUUGAGUAAUAGUAGUAUUAAUAUACUCCCUUGGCAAUGUUCAGCCUACUUAUAUUUCUUAAAAUAAGUUUGAAUUUUGUACGGCUGUGUUGACGAUGUCCGUGAAUUGUACAAAGAUUGGCACAUGGGCCAGCGCCAGCUGGGCGCCGUUCGAUUUAUAUCUUUACUAAGAAUUGAUAUGGGCAGAAUAUAUAUUGAUAUUCUGCAAGAUGCACGUGUCAGUUGAACAUACACACGCACAUAUAUAUAUAUAUAUAUAUAUAUAUAUAUAUAUAUAUAUAUAUAUAUAUAUAUAUAUAUAUAUAUAUAUAUAUAUAUAUAUAUAUAUAUAUAUAUAUAUAUAUAUAUAUAUCGAAAAUAAUUAAUGAUGAAAAUAAUUCCAUGAAAUGGUGCAUGGCUAUAGUUUUUCAUAUAUAAAAAUUUCAACGAGGGAUCAAUUUCAUAGUAUGAAAUUACUUUUUCAUAUUUAAAAUAUAAAUAAUUUCAUAUGUGAAAUCAAAAGUAGCUACUUUUUCAUAUAUGAAAUAAAUAAUUUCACAUGUGAAAUAAAAUUUCAUAUAUAUUUCAUAUAUGGAAAUUUAAUAUGUGAAAAAUAAAAUGUCAUAUAUACAUAUGAAACUGAAAUUUCAUAUAUGAAAUGUUAUGUGAAAUUUUUGUAAGGGAAAGGAGACCUAAUUAUCUAAAAGACGAAUCAGAUUCUUUUUGCAUGCAUCAGUCGAGUUGAAGUUUCUGCAGGAAAAAUCCCCCGGGGUAGGUCGUAAAAUAAUUAAUGAAAAAAUUAACUGUAUAGGCUAUUAAUAUACUGUCGUUUGGAAACAGCAAUUGGUUAGAUUUUAAACUUAGGAUCGGGGCCCUUAUUUGAUAAUAUAAUGCAUGUUUACUCAGUUAUAAAGCAGAACCUUUUAAGGCAUUCAAUUCAAAUUGACGAGGGACAUUUUUGGUAUAUAAUAGAGAUGUCUUGUGGAUCAUGUUAUUAAAGCCAGACUUCUAAAGCAUCACAAUUAUUUGUUUUGCAAAACAUUCGCAGAUGGUUUGAAUUCUCGCAAAAUUCAAAGAGCUAAUUAUUUGGCGUAAUUGCGCUUUAAUUUAAUUAAUUCCAAAAUAUAAACUUACCACUGACCGUUGCAAAUAAUAUCAUUAUCGAAAUAACUCGUGAAGAAUUAAUUUCGAUUCCAUCUUACAAAAUUUAUGCUUCAAAUAUAUUUUCGUACCAAUAAAUUUGGCUAAUCAAUAUUCCGGUUCUAUAUUCUAUAUGCAUGCUUAUAUUUCAACAGGUUUUAUGUAACGGUAUCCUCUAUUACACAGAAUAUUAAAGCAAUUAAAAAUUUUCUUAACUUUCAACAAUGUCUGUAACGAAUUUAAUAGGGGUGACGAACGAUUGUCAGAUUUAUUUUCUACCUUGCUUAAUAUAGUUUGUUACAUUACCUGAAAAAGAUAUCUCAAACGUGGUGGUCUAGUGUAGGUAGUAUUCUACAAUAAGCUGUCGUGGUUUGUGUGUGAACUACCUGAAAAAGAUAUCUCAAACGUGGUGGUCCAGUGUAGGUAGUAUUCUACAAUAAGCUGUCGUGGUUUGUGUGUGAACUACCUGAAAAAGAUAUCUCAAACGUGGUGGUCCAGUGUACAAUAAACUGUUGUGGAGCUUUUUCAUGUAGUUCAGACACACAAACCACGACAGAUUAUUGUAGAAUAUACUACCUACACUGGACCACCACGUUUGAGAUAUCUUUUUCAGGUAGUUCAGACACAAACCACGGCAACGUAUUGUAGAAUACUACCUACACUGGACCGCCACGUUUGAGAUAUCUUUUUCAGGUAGUUCACACACAAACCACGACAGCUUAUUGUAGAAUACUACCUACACUGGACCACCACGUUUGAGAUAUCUUUUUCGUCAGGUAGUUCACACACAAACCACGACAGCUUAUUGUAGAAUACUACCUACACUGGACCACCACGUUUGAGAUAUCUUUUUCAGGUAUAAGUUCACAUACAUACCACGACAGCUGAUUGUAGAAUACUACCUACACUGGACCACCACGUUUGAGAUAUCUUUUUCAGGUAGUUCAGACACAAACCACGACAGCUUAUUGUAGAAUACUACCUACACUGGACCACCACGUUUGAGAUAUCUUUUUCAGGUAGUUCAGACACAAACCACGACAACUUAUUGUAGAAUACUACCUACACUGGACCACCACGUUUGAGAUAUAUUUUUCAGGUAGUUCACACACAAACCACGACAGCUUAUUGCAGAAUACUACAUACACUGGACCAGCGCCUUUGAGACAUCUUUUUCAGGUAGUUCAGACACAAACCACGACAGCUUAUUGUAGACAAUGUUGCAGUUGUCUGAUUGUAUGUGUGAGCAGAGUGCUUCCAGUUUGACUCUAUACUAAACACAGCAGGUUUUGUUUGGAUUUCCUAAUUUCUUCCUGUUUAGCUAACACUGGAGUAAGCCUGAGCCAUGACCUUUAAUACUGGAACUUUAGGCCAAGAGCAAUUUAGACCGCUAUUCAGUAUAAAUAAAUUUAGUCAGUUUAGUUUAGGUUUCCACGCUGUAUGUAGCAAUAUUGUACCAAAAUAAAGACCAGAACUGGACCUCUAGGAAGACGAGUUCAUUACCAUAAUUGUCUUCUAUCCAGUAUAAAUAAUGUUAGUCUAAAUUUUCGUUGGCUAUUCCAACUUUUUUGUUGCGCAAUUCAUGUGAGCAAAACAUUAAACAUGUUUUGUGUAACCGUUUCGCAGAGCCUAAAAUAUAGAAUCUAAGCGCGCAGGCGGUGGGCCGAGCUUUUAUCUUUCAUAGGAAUUUGAUAUUUCAAUCCGACAAUUAUAGGUGCACUAUUUCACUAGUUAUGAGAACGAGAAAAUUAGUAGCUACUGUAGUUUUCAUUGUAUGUUGUAAAAUGUAAAUAUUUCCCAAGUUAAUCAAUUUCUGCUGCCAAAUAUAACACUUAAAAAAUGUUAACAUACCAAUAUUUGACCAUCCAACGCAGCUGAAUGUUAUUAACGGAUUUUCAAUCGCUACGCCAUAAUAACGUCACUACCCAAUACCAUACAGAUUAAAUCUUAAUAAUAUAACAUCAGUCCAAACCUGUUUACUUGUUUACGAAUGCCAAAACUCUGUAAUCUUUUUGCGUCAAAAAUGCUUUCAAAACUCUUGCUGAAACGUAGGCAAACGUUUUGGGAACACAAUUUGAUAUUCCGUUCAGGAGCAAAAUGAUGGUAUAAGGUUUCUUUAACUCAAAAAACAGACCACAUAAUUUGCCAGAUGAAAACGUUAUAAGUCUAACUGUGGAGCCCUAGUCCGUCUUUGUACCUGUUUAAAUACAUUCACCGUACUAGACUCGUAAAACAAUGCUCUUUCAAAGAGUACCUGUCAAUUUUUUAUGCAAAUACCAAUAGAUAAAUUAUCAGUUCGGUCAAAGUUUGACUCCCUAUCAAUGUAUUAAACUUGAGUACUUUAAAAGGAUUCACGCUGGUUCGCUAGCUUUUUGUGAAAGCUCAUAUUUCAUGAUUUCCAGAUUAGGCAGUCAUUUGUCUUAUCUUUCCCUGCGGGAUUUUCAGCGUGCUAGCCCGGUGGAAGCCGAGUGAUAAUUUGAACUUUUUUUUCACCGUGGGAUAUUGUCACGGCGUCUGUCAUUGAGCUUCGAUUCUUGCAAUAGGGAGAUAUAUUAUUAUAAGGGAGCGGUCAUUAUUUAUAGUGGGGGGUGGCGCCGAAGACUUGGUACAAAUUUUUUGUCCGACCAUAGAAAAGUCAAAAAAAUUUUACUCAACCUCAAAUUAAAAAUAAAUACCAAAAACUUUACAAAAGGAUACCAUUCAGUUGUCACACAUGUCCUUUACCACUUCUGUGACAUGAGUUUGAUAACUGCUUGUGCAAUUUUCUGCAGUCUAAAGUUUCAUGUUGUCUGCACAUGUACUUUCUUUAGAGACACCAUUUGCCUCCUGACAAAUCGGAAAAUGAUCAAGAUAUAGUGAUUCUGAUUGAUUUACAUAUUGUAUUGACAUAUGACUAUUGACAUUGCUUUUUAGUCUUCAAUAUUUGACCGAGUCAUUUUUUGGAAAUGAUAAUAAAUUUUUAUUACCCAACCCUCGAGUUGUUUUGUUUUUCAUUUACCCAACCUUUUACUCACUUAAAAUUUUGUUGGCCCAACCCUUUUCUCGCCAUAAAUAAUGGGUGAUUGGUAGAUAGUAUACUUCAAAAUAUGGUUUCCGUUUUUCUAACUUAGAAAAACUAUCCUAACGCAAAACUAAAUCCUAACCUAAUCCUAACUUAUUUUAAGAAUUGAUAUAAAAUCGGAAACCUUAUUUUGAAGUAUACUAUCUAGCAAUUGCCAUAAAAUAAUGACCAAAAAUCCUGAUUAAUAAACCACAGUGCAUUUCGAUUUCAAGAUGGCGCCGUUAUUGAGCAAAAGGUCCAUUUGAACGUCCGUGAAGGAAAUUUGAAAACUUCAUUUAAUGACAAGGAAAUAUCACUCUGCUAACUGGAAGCAUUUAUUAUAAAAUUUUACACCAUACGAAAAAAGCUGCAACGAUGAGUCGAAAAAACAAGGAAAUAAAACCAGGUUUUCAAUUUCUUCUAUUUUGCGAAGUAAAUUGCUUCAAAAUGAAUCGAUGAGCGCUAAAAAAUCGAGCUAAUUCUGUUCGAAAGUGGAGAAUAAUUACGUUCGAACUUUGCAAGUUCAUGAGCAAAAUCCAAAAUGGCCGAUCGGUCAGGCGAUUAUAAUUGCACGUCGGGAGCUUUUAAUGGCGAAACUGAUGGUCAGAUUUUGUGUAAACACGUCGAAAUCUCCGUGGAUGUUUGUGAGGAUGAAUUUCUGCGCGAACCAAAUGGGAAUUUUGUGGAAAUAAGCAUGCAAAAUGACGCUGAAAUUGAUCCGAAUGAUGUGAUGGAAUUGAGGACUUUGAAGAGCACUUUGAAACGACGUCCCCCCGUCGUGCCCAAAGCUGUAUUGGUCAAAUAUCGUUCAAAUAAGGAAGGGUAUGAUGGUGUGGAAUGCUCAGAGACCCGUAACGAUAAUGCUUCGUUAAACAUUAGCGCCGAAAGUGAACCUGGUGAUUUAUUGAGCGCAAAUUCUGUUCGUAAACGAGAUAGUCGAACUUCGAGAAAUACGAGGAACUCUGCUGGGGCCAGUGGUGGUGUUUUUAGCGACGAAUUUCAACCGGAUUUUGGCGAAUUUCACAGAGAAAUAGACGAAACCGUAAACGGUAAAGUUCCUAAACGAUAAAUUG